AUCAGUCUAUACUCCAGAUCAGUGUGUGACGGUAAUGCAUCCUUUGCUGUUUCACCGCCGUUGUACAAUACCGAAGAAGAAGACUAUCACGCAAGGUUAGCGAGGUUCCAGUUUAGCUUCAUUUUCCUUGCGAAAUAUGGGUGGAGUGGGUAAGAAGCCAACAGCGGGCCCCUCUGGUGUCAAGGAUUGGAUCUCCACUGCGUGCCGCUUUGCCAUGGAUCGGAAUGAUUUCAGGAGGAACCUGUUGGUGAAUUUGGGUCUGUUUGCAGCAGGUGUUUGGGUGGCAAGGAAUUUAUCUGACUUUGAUUUGAUGUCUCCUCAACCAGUCGCCUAAUGACAGCUCAAGACUGUAUGCUGUGUUUGUGACCAGAAUUCUACACCACAGCUGCUGACAGUCAUGGGACCCCAACCGUAAAUGCUGUGUAUAUGGAAUUGAAGACACCCACUAAAUCAGGAGUCACCAACCCUGUUGCUGGAGAUCUACGUCCUGAAGGUUCCCAGUUCAACCUAAAUUUGGUGGACCUGAUUCUACGAAUUAGCAGCUCAAUGAGAUCUGAAGCUGUUGAAUAGGUGCACUUUGUUAGGGCUGGAGUGAAAACCUAUAGGAGGGUAUAGAUCUCCAGGAACAGGGUUGGUGACCACUGCAAUAAAUAUUUUUAUUUUUUUUAAUUUAUCUUUUGCAAACAGUCUCCUUGUUGGCAAUGACUCAUUUGCUACACACAACUGGUUUCUCAUUUUCACUUAAUUUAUAAAUUUACAAAAGAAACGUGUAAAACAAAAUAAAGUGAGUCAUCCAUGCUGUGCACCUUGCUUGUGCAGGUUUAGCCAUAGCUGUUCAUCUUUUGCUCAAAGUAGGGCUUUUGCAUUUUCUGAAAUAACCAAUAAAACUGACUUUCAUAUCAUA